AUGUUGUUACCCGCAGUUAUUGGAUGGCUCUUUCAGCUUUGCCUAAUUUUUCCAAUGUCGUCGGCUGUGAGUUGGGAAGAAUGGUGGACUUAUGACGGCAUUUCAGGUCCUGCCUUCUGGGGUCUGAUAAAUCCCGAGUGGUCGUUGUGCAACAAGGGCAGGCGACAGUCGCCCGUUAAUCUAGAGCCCAAUAAGCUGCUAUUCGACCCGAAUCUGAGGCCCCUUCACGUCGAUAAACACAGAGUGAGCGGAUCGAUGAUGAACACCGGCCAUAGCGUAAUAUUCAACGUCGAGAACGACACUAGGCAGCACAUAAACGUGACCGGCGGCCCCUUGUCCUAUAAAUAUCAAUUCCAAGAGAUCCACGUUCACUACGGCCUACACGACCAAUUCGGAUCCGAGCAUUCCAUUAACGGAUACGCUUUUCCGGCCGAGAUCCAGAUUUUCGGCUUCAACUCGCAGCUUUACUCCAACUUCUCGGAGGCAUUGCACAAAGCCCAGGGGAUCGUUGUUAUUUCUCUUCUUUUGCAGUUGGGAGAUCUUUCUAAUCCGGAGCUUCGAAUACUGACCGAUCAACUGGAGAAAAUUAGAUACGGAGGUGAAGAAAUCGAGGUGAAGAGGCUUUCAGUGCGGGGUCUUCUGCCAGAAACCGACUAUUACAUGACGUACGAUGGCUCGACGACGAUGCCGGCGUGCCACGAAACAGUCACAUGGUUGAUCCUCAACAAGCCUAUCUAUAUCACCAAGCAACAGAUGCUCGGUCUCCGGAGACUAAUGCAGGGGGACGCCAAACACCCGAAAGCGCCCUUAGGAAACAAUUUCAGACCGCCGCAACCGCUGCACCAUCGACCGGUGAGGACAAAUAUUGACUUCAAUGUUAAACACCGUAGUGAUACCAAGCAAUGUCCCAGCAUGUACAAUAACGUUUACUACAAGGCGAACAGUUGGAGGCAGCACUAA